AUGCCCACGAAGAAAACCAGCCCUUCCGAAUUGAUACGGCCCAAGUGGGCUCAUUUGGAGUACGUGUGGCAGUUGGAGAAUUUUUGGGAGUUGAGGGCGUUGGCUUGUGUGGAGGCUUUGGAGGACGAGAACGGAUCUUUACUAUGGUCUCAAUCGUUUGGAGACAAUGAGAAAGGUUUGUGGCAGUUGAAGUUGUAUCCUUACGGUGAUUUGUCGCCGGCUGGUCGGGGUCAUGUAUCGUUGUUCUUGUCAUUGGACCAGAGUUCAUUGUCUAAGGCAUAUGCAGUGUUUGGUUGCUAUUUGUUGGAUGAGGAUGGGAACAAGAUAGCGAAUAGUGGGCGUUCAUUUACGCGGCAGAAAUUUGCAGAUGGUUCUUCUUCAUGGGGUUGGUCCCAGUUUGUGAAGGUUGAGGGACAAUCAUUGGACAAGUUAUUGUCUUCGGCUGAUUCGCUGGUGGUAAAGUGCGAGAUCGAGGUUUUCACUGGCGUGUUAUCUUCACCGCCAAGGAGCGUGCCGCCGGGAGAAAGCUGGGAGGCCGAGAUGAAGGCGAUGCUCUGCGAUCCCCGACACUACAACGUUACUCUUCUAGCCCAAGGGAGGGAACUACGUGCGCAUAAAGAAAUUCUCAAAGCACGCAGCAAAUGGUUCGCCACCAAACUAGGAGCUGCUGGACCCGUUGUUGCAGCAACCGCCUCCCAGAAAAGCACCGUAGCACCUACCACACCCGCUCAAGACUUCAGCUAUACCAGUUUCGGAGCCAUGGACCUAUCCAAGUCGCCCGAAAAAGAAACCAAUUUCGCACCCGAGAAAAAUAAUACUCAAGAAUCGUGCCAGAAUGUUAUCGUCAUCGAAAACAUGCGACCAGAUAUUGUUGAAAAUAUCAUUCAGUAUACGCACACUGAUGAAUGCAAAUUCCUAGAACCUGGUACCGAUCUCAUUGAUGUUAUUGAUCUCUUUACCGCAGCCAAAGACCUCAACAUACCAUCCCUCUACAAAGCCACCUUCAGAAAACUAUCCACACUCGUCAUUACUAAACCCAACGCUAUAGCAAUUCAAGAAGUCGCCAAACGAUUCGGCGACAAGGACCUCGAACAACACUGCGCAUCGUAUCUACUGAUGUGUGUUCGAGAUCUUUCUAAGGACGAGAUUAUCAAGACUCUCACAUCUCCGUCCUCCAAUAAGCGCGGUACGACCACCUGA